AUGGAAUUUCGAAAUGUAGGAAUCGACAGGCAUCAUAGGCGGUGGGUCGCCGAGAAAUUAGGUGCUGAUGCUGCAGCAAAGGAACUUCAGUUUAUCAGGAAAAUUCUUUCCCUUGAUGCAAAAAAUUGUCAUGCUUGGUCCCAUCGACAGUGGGUACUGCAGGCUUUAGGAGGAUGGGAAGAUGAACUUGACUAUUGUCGGCAGCUCCUUGAAGACGACGUUUUUAACAAUUCUGCUUGGAAUUAG